AUGAAACGCUCGACUUAUGAACUUGAUAUUAUCGCAUCCGAUCGUGGUCAACCUCGACCUUUAUCAUCGCGAGUUCGUUGUCUCAUUCAUGUAAUUGAUAUAAAUGAUAAUUAUCCCAUAUUUGAUCUAUCGGAGUAUAUCUUCGAAAUACCAGAAACAUGGUCUCAUCUUUCACCGAUUGGUCAUGUUCAUGCCACUGAUAUCGACGAGUACUACGGUGAAUUAUCUUAUACAUUAGUGCAUAAUGAGACAACAAUGACAGAUGAAUGGCCAUUCGAACUGACAUCGAAUGGAACGUUAUAUUUGAAGGCAACAUCUGCUGGUUUAGAUUACGAACAUCGUUCGAACUAUCAAUUCACGAUAAUAGCAAUCGAUAACGAUGGAUUGAAUACGAGCGUAUCUGUGACAGUGAAUAUUCUUAAUCGAAAUGAUUAUUGUCCUGAAUUAUUAAAUAAUUCGACAGUUUUAUUCUAUAAUCUUGAUCUUUGGUCGAAUAAUUCCAUUAGUCAAUCGAAUCAAUUUCGGCUCGACAUAUUCGACGGAGAUAAUGAUACAUGUACAAUUGAAUUACUCAAUUUUAAUGAUAUAUUUCGCAUUGAAACCAUUCAACAGAAUCAAUUUGUCCUGGAAGCACACAAAUUACCUGAACGCGAGUAUUAUAUACUUCAAUUUCGUCUCCGUGAUUUAAUUAAUGAAACAAUGGACCAGUCAUGUAUACGAGAAAUCGAAUUAGUUCUAACAACAGGUACAAAUGAAACUAAUCAAACAGUUGCCAUGGACACAGCACGUGAAUAUCUCGACGCACUGCAUCUCAUCUCCCACCACAAGCACUCAUACUUUGAUUUGACACUGCUGAAUUUCAUCCUGAUUUUCAUUCUACUGUCAAUUGCGAUUAUCAUUGGUUUAAUCUCGAUUAAAUUAGUUUAUCUGUCAACCAGCUCUCGACAUCGACGAAAAUUACGAAAUCAUCGAAAUGAAACGAAUUUUCUCUAUCGUUUACAAGGCCCAACGGAAACUCAAUUGCCACUGCUGGCUAAUGGGCCUGGUGAACAAUCGUUGACGUCAUCAUUGAUUAUCUCGGGCAAUAAACGACUUAGUCAAGAUGAAAAUAGCAAGAAUUCUUUUCCUAAUGAUGAUCACCAACAACAGACAUUUCUUUGUCAAUUAAAUCCGAAAGUUUCAAUCGCGAAAAGCAAUGAAUUCAAAACAUUUGCGACGAAGUCCAACAACAGUGCUUACGAUAUCAUCGGAGAUAUUAUUCAUACGAAUGUAAAUAAUGAAUAUGAAUCAACAUCGAUAAAUCUUGAUCAAUCACGUUUGAUUUCGUCGGAGAAUCCAUCGAAUGUUUCUCUCUCACCAGAUGGACAAUUAAUAACAGUAACACAUCUCUCAUCACCCAUGCCAACGGAAUCAGUUUCAACAUCAGCAUCUUCAAGUCUGAUAAGUCGAACUCUGAAAACAUUCUCCAAUGGAACAAGUAAUGCAUCAAGCAAACCAGUUGUGCCACGACUUGCCGAACAAGAAGUGAUUGAAGUUUAG